AUGGCGCUGGUGAUGGAGCCGGUCAGCAAAUGGAGCACGAGCCAAGUGGUGGACUGGAUGAAAGGUCUGGAUGACUGUCUGCAGCAGUACGUGGGCGUGUUUGAGAGGGGAGGGGUGAGUGGAGACAGACUGCUCCGGAUCAGCCACGCCGAGCUCGAGGAACUGGGAGUCUCCCGAAUCGGACACCAGGAACUCAUCCUGGAGGCCGUGGACCUGCUCUGUGCUCUGAAUUCUGGUCUGGAGACAGAGAGCGUGCGGACUCUUGCUCACAAACUCGGAGCUUCGGCCAAAAAUCUCCAAAACUUUAUUUCGGGUCGGCGUCGCAGCAGCCAGUCAGAGAGCAGGACGUCCCGGAGGCUGCCCAAUGACCUUUUGACCUCCGUGGUCGACCUCAUCACCGCUGCCAAGAGUCUGCUGGCCUGGCUUGACAGGUCUCCAUUUGCUGCUGUGGCGGACUACUCCGUAACUCGUAAUAAUGUCAUUCAGCUGUGUCUGGAGCUCACCACCAUUGUACAGCAGGACUGUACUGUGUUUGAGACCGAGAACAAGAUCCUUCAUGUGUGCAAAACGCUGUCAGAGGUGUGUGAACAUAUCGUGUGCGUGUCUUCGGACCCUCUGGUUUCGCAGUCGGCCCACCUGGAGCUGGUGCACCUCACCAACAUCAAACCCUCCGAAGGCUUGGGAAUGUACAUCAAGUCGACUUACGAUGGUCUGCACGUCAUAACAGGGACCACCGAAGGGUCGCCGGCGGACCGCUGUAAGAAGAUCCACGCGGGAGAUGAGGUCAUUCAAGUCAAUCACCAAACUGUGGUGGGCUGGCAGUUGCGUAACCUGGUGGGGUCUCUGCGCGCUGACAAAGGCGUCGUGUCCCUGACCCUGAAGAAGCGCCCACAGAGCACGCUCAGCUCCGCCCCUGCUCUCCUCAAGAACAUGCGCUGGAAACCCCUCGCACUGCAGCCGACCAGAAGUCCAGGCAGCAGUUCAGGGACUCCAUCUGGGACUCCAACCAAGAGCUCCGCCCUUCAGGACCUGUACAUCCCUCCUCCCCCCAAUGAACCGUACCAGCCCAGAGAUGAGUCUGGAGAUGAGGCGUCACGUAACCAUGGCAGCCUCAGUGUUGCUAAGCGCUCGGACUCUCCAAACUCCUUCCUGGACCAAGAGUCUCGCCGGCGUGAUGACGACGAGCCAGUCUACUGCACCACACCCACAUACGGCAGACUAAGGCCCAUCUCGAUGCCCGUGGAGUGUAACUGGGUGGGCGACUACGAGGACCCAGCCAAACUGAACAGAGAGAGGAGCAGAGAGGCUUCGCUGAUGCGUUAUGGAGGUCUUCCCGGAUCAGACGAAAGAACCACGUCAGACGAGUACUCCUCCCACACGGCGCGUCCAGGGAAACGGACCAAUGACACGGCAAAACGGGCAAAGAGGCGGAGUCAUCACAGCCAAAGCCCCUCCCACUACGUCCUCCAAUCCAAUCAGAGGGAUUCCCCACCGCGAGACCCAGCAUCACUCUAUCAUACGUAUCAACAGUCCUCUUCCUCCUCCUCAUCGCUGUCAAAAAGCAGGAAGAAAAAUAAAGGUCGGGGUUUGGCGUCCCUGAGUCGCAGGCGUGUAUCUUGUAAGGCUUUGGGGCGGGGCGACUGUGAGGGCUGGCUCUGGAGGAAGAGAGAUGCUAAAGGAUACUUCUCUCAGAAAUGGAAGAAAUACUGGUUUGUGCUCAAGGACAACUGCCUGUACUGGUACAUCAACGAGGAGGACGAGAAAGCAGAGGGUUUCGUCAGUCUUCCAGAGUUCAAAAUCGACCGGGCCAGUGAAUGCCGCAAGAAAUAUGCAUUUAAAGCCUGCCACCCCAAGGUCAAAAGCUUCUACUUUGCAGCAGAUGGAGUGGACGACAUGAACAGAUGGUUGAGUCGAUUAAAUCAGGCAGCUGUGGGCUACGCAGAGAGAGAGAGGAUGCGCCAGGAGCAAGAUUACUGGAGUGAGAGCGACCAUGAAGACGAGACCACCUCCAGCCCGAAACAGGACAGCCCGCCACCUCCGUAUGACACCUACCCCCGCCCCCCCUCUAUGAGUGCGUACAUGGAGGGCCGUACACGUCUGUCUUCCACUGAAACGUCGCGCUCUCGUUCGUCUCAAGAGGACUUUCUCUGUGGAGAGCCCCCGUCCGCUGAGCCGCAGUACCACCCUGGGCCUCUAGGGGGAGGCACCACACACAGCGGCAGGAAACCAGGAGGCAGCAACAGCAGCGACGUACAGUACCGAUGUGACACGGUAGAGUACCGCUCGAGUCCCGCAGGAGGCAGUAGUGACACAGGCUCCCCGGGCCGUUCUUCUUCUUCUCAGAGGCGCUCGUGGCAGGACCUGAUUGAGACGCCUCUGACUGAAGCUGGACUGCACUAUCUGCAAACAGGACCUCUGGAGGAUGCGGUGUUUGCGGAGCCUGGUCACGGGGGAGGGUCCAUGAUGAUGCUGUCCGGAGGGGUCUACACGCUGCCCGCUCAGAGGAAUGUCCCGUUGCCUGUGGCGAUGCACCGGCUCGUCCCCAUGGCGACGCAGGGAGGGAAACCACGCAGCUUCACUUUACCCCGGGACAGUAACCUGCACUCGCUGCUGGCCCCGCCCCCGAGAGACGACCCACACGCCCACAAUGGGGGCAGCGAGGGCGCGUCCUUGGGUGACCUGUUCCGGGCGUGUGAGCAGGGCGGGGUCUGUCCUCUGGGUCGGGGGUCAGAGGUCAGAGGUCAGUCGGAGUUCAGACAGUCGUUCCUGAGACGAGCGGACGACCCUCAGCUGAACGAACGCCUGCACCGCCUACGAAUACUCACCUCCACGCUCAAGGACAGGGAGGGGGAGCUAGCGCUGAUCGACCGGCUGCUGUCCAAUCCGCAGCUGUCGUCGUCCGAGUUCAAGGAGUGGAAACGCGCCUACGAAGAGCUGUUUCACCAGAAGGAACCGCAAGAGGGCGACGAUUCUGACCCAGGACCCCCGCCCCUCACCCCGUCGCUCUCUCACACACACUCCUACAUCGAGACCCACGUGUGA